UGUUCCGCAGCAGAAGAAGUCACCUGGGAACGGAGGCGCUUCAGCCUUGCAGUCUGACCGACACUGAAUGAAAAAGCACUGAUUCCUGUUUGAAAAUGCUGAAGUUUAUGCCUAAACUGUUGCUGCUACUGCUGGUAGCCUUCCCGGUGACCAUUCUCAUCAAUGGCCCGGCGGUGAGCGCCCAGGACCUGACGGAGGAUGAGGAGGCUGAGGCUGUGGAUGAAGAUGUUGUGGACGAUGUGACGGCUGAAGAUGAGGAUGAUGAAGCUGAAGUAGAAGACGAUGAAAACACAGAACUGACGGAGGAGAAAGAUGAGGAAGAGGAGGCGCUGGUGGGAGAGGUGAAGGCUUCGCCCAACGCCGACACCACCAUCCUGUUCGUCAAAGGAGAAGACUUCCCGGCCAACAACAUCGUGAAGUUCCUUCUGGGUUUCACCAACAAGGGAGGAGAGAACUUCAUGGUGGAGUCUCUGGACGCCUCCUUCCGUUACCCUCAGGACUACCAGUUUUACAUCCAGAACUUCACGGCGCUGCAGCUGGGCACCGUGGUUCCUCCGGGCCGCCAGGCCACCUUCGAGUACUCCUUCAUCCCGGCCGAGCCCAUGGGAGGCCGGCCGUUUGGACUCGUCAUCAACCUCAACUACAAGGACAGCAGCGGGAACGUCUUCCAGGACGCCGUCUUCAACCAGACAGUCACCAUCACUGAGAGGGAGGACGGGCUGGACGGAGAAACGAUCUUCAUGUACGUCUUCCUGUCCGGUCUGGGUCUGCUCGUCAUCGUCGGCCUUCAUCAGCUGCUGGAGUCCAGAAAGAGGCGGCGCCCGGCUCCUAAGGUGGAAACGGGAACGUCGAGCCACAACGACGUGGAUCUGAGCUGGAUCCCUCAGGAGACGCUCAACCAGAUCAUGCAGAGCCGCAGAGACAAAGCUUCUCCCAGACGAUCUCCUCGCAAGCGGAACCAGAAACGCUCGGCCGGCUCAGACGAGUGACGGGCGCCAUGGCGACCUUUCAUCUGUCCGCCAUGACAGGAGGAAGAGGAGGACUGAGGACUGUCUGAGCGCGCUCAGUCCGUCUGUCUGUCUGCUGAGGAACUUGAACCAGUGCCAAGCACAGCGACGGCUGGCUCCACUUUCAGCUUAGAGACUGUCGAACAAA